AUGGGAGGUAAGUCUACAGAAAUUACGGCAACUCCGUCUAGAAGUGACGGAUUUCGACGGCUAUCCAAAGCUGAGGUUCAAUUUAAACGGGACAGAACACUUUGUUCUACUGUGACGAGAAGUUUGGACCUAAUCACUGUUGCAAGAGAAUCACUCCAGAUCUUACUAGUUCUGGAUGACAACGAUGAUAUCGAAAAAGAGAAAGACGUGCAGGAGCUGGAUGAUGCACCACUUAAGGAAGAGUUGGAUGAUUUAGUAUUUGAGGUGCAGCAUGAUCCUAAAUUAAAAUCCAUCAUGCAAGAUUUACUACUGGAUUCCUCCAGCCAUCCUCACUAUCGUAUUCACAACUACUAUCUCCUCUAUAAAGAUAGUCUGCCAACUAAACAAGCAUUUAGCCCUCAAACGAGCGGGCUACUACAACCUUUACCUAUUCCUUAUCAAGUUUUUAAUGAGGUUAGCAUGGAUUUCAUUGAUGAGUUGCUUAGAGCUAAAGGGUAUGACACAGUCUUGGUGGUGGUUGAUAGACUUACUAAGUACAACCAUUUCAUUCACCCAUAUAAUGCUAAGGACAUAGCUGCUGUGUUUGUGAACACUAUUGUGAAUUUGCAUGGAUUUCCCAAGUCUAUUGUAUCUGAUAGGGAUAGGGUAUUUAUCAAUCAGUUUUGGCAAGAGCUUUUUAAAGGCAUGGGAACCAGCUUAAAGUUUAGCUCUACGUACCAUCCUCAAAUUGAUGGGCAGACUGAGGUCGUCAACCGUUGCUUGGAGUCAUAUUUAAGGUGUUUUUGUAGUUACCAACCCAAACAGUGGUACAUUAUUGGUACAACACCACCUUCCACCACUCAACCAAAAUGA